UAACUUAAUAAUUGAAAUGCAAUGAAUUUCGAUUGAUUCAAGAAAUGGACAGAUCCAUAAUUAUACAUCCUUUAAUGAGAACCUUGCAUCCACUCUAUGAGAUAAAUGAGUUAUCGAUAUCGAAAGGUUAUGAAGAUUAACUCUUGAACAUUUUAUUAAUUAUUAACAUUAGUGAAAUUCGAUUUACGUGUUGGCAGUGUUCAUAAACAAUAUGAAAACUUUGAUAUUGAUUUUACUUUCAGAUUAUGCAUUAAGAAUUUCGUAGGUUGUUUGGCCCAACUAUAUGCUUUCACACAAGAUGAAAGGAAAAAUAUGGAGAAAAUUGGUUUUGUACAGUUCUUCAUUCUCGAGAGUAUUAUUUUGAUGGCAGGAGACAAUUGUUCGACAAAAAUAAGCCCAACUGUGAGGAGGGCAAAGACGGAAGCUGUCAAUUGCAUAGGUGAUCUUCACGUAUCUGGUUCUUUUUGUGAAUCUGUAGCCGAAGAUUGGCUGAGAUGUUUGAAGCCAUUAGGAAAGAAGAUAGAGGAAUGCAACAAAAAUGUAAUACUUAAGGGUGCCAUUGAGGCGUCUAUAGAAACAGCCAUUACUCAAGCUAAAUUUAUAUGUAACAUCGAAACUUCGCAUUUACUUGAAUUGGCAAAUCCCUGUUUUCUGAAAUCACUGGAAUCUGAAGAGCCUUGCAUCAAUAGAUUCGUGAUUGAUGUACAGUCCGUAUUUUUGGUGGAAAAAAAACUGACCGAUGAAUUUUGUAGGGCUUCUUCUGAACUGGAGAGAUGUCUCACCGGCACAAUUGAGAGCAAUUGUCCGAAUAACAUAACAAUUAAUACAGUUAGAGGAAUAUACAAAGCUACAGUUGAACCUUGUGAUUUAAAAAAGAAAAAAUUGUGAUAAUAUUAAGAAUAAUAAAAAUUUUUACAAGAG